AUGUACAGCAACACUACUCAAGUGGAGAGUCAAAAAAUGCUGAGGAAGUCGUCUAGUGCUUCUCGCAGCGCGUGGAGCCUCUUGCGCACAGCGCUAGCUUCCUCAAAAAUGGAGGCGAAGAGGAAACUCGUUUUGACGAGGAGGAGGAUGGAAGAAUGGAAAUUGAGGAAGAGCAAGGGAUUGACACGAGCAGAGGAGUUCAUAGCCAAGAUCUACGAACAGAUGAAGCUGCAAAGGCAAAUUUCAUACCUUCAGUACAAUGAGAUGCUAAACCGAAGUGCGAGCUAAUCCCCGCUCAGCAUUAAUGAUUUUUGCACCAAAUUCCAUUAUUGUCAAUGCAUUUUUGUAGAGUCGCGGCACUUUGUAAAUAGUGCAAAGUUCACGAAAGUUUUGUUCAUUCUUUUCUACAGCUUUUUUCCACAAAAUUGCA